AUGGAACACCAAGAGGAGCUCCCGAGCAUAGUCGAAUUGAAUGUGGGAGGCGUCUUCUACACAACAACUUUGACAACCUUAACAAAGGAACCCGACUCCCAUCUGUCUUCCAUCUUCACCGGAAACUCCCCAGUACCCAAAGACGCAAAAGGGAAGUUCUUUCUGGACAGAGACGGAGUCCUUUUUCGAUAUGUUUUGGACUUUCUUAGGAACCAAGCUCUGGUGUUGCCGGAAGGGUUCAGGGAAAGGGAGAGAUUGAGGCAGGAAGCCAAUUUUUAUGGACUACCAGGGCUUGAUAAGGCCAUAACAGAUCAUGUGGAUGGUCCCAUACAAUGUAAAAAAGCUCCUGGAUAUAUCACGGUUGGAUACAGAGGAAGCUUCUCAUUUGGACGUGAUGGAUCAGUGGAUGUCAAAUUCCGCAAAUUAUUCAGAAUUUUGGUCAGUGGAAGAGUUGCGCUUUGUAGAGACGUUUUUGGAGAGACUCUUAACGAAAGCCGGGAUCCAGAUCAUGGGAUGUCGGAUAGAUAUACAUCGAGAUUCUUUUUGAAACAUAGUUUCAUCGAGCAGGCAUUUGACAUGCUGCAAGAACAGGGAUUUAAAUUGGCUGGAAGUUGCGGUUCAGGGACUUCUGGUGGGAGUGUCGAGCAACGUGGAGGAGACUCUGAAGAGAAUCGAUGGAAUCAUUACAAUGAAUUCGUUUUUGUGCGCGAGUAACCAUGUCGCAUUUCAAUCGACCACAAAUCGUAGAAUCGAAAGAAAAGUGAUGAGAAUCUUGCGAAGUUCAUUCUCGAUCGAGAUCAAGUGAUGUUUCAGUACUUGUUGGACCUUUUCAGGUGGACGAAGCACUGAAAAAAAUCGCUGGAAUCACUAUAAUGAGUUUGUUUUCAUGCGCGAGUAGCUAUGUCACUUUUCGAUGGACCACCAUUCCUAAAAUCGAGGAGAAGAAAGUCUAAACGAUCUUAGGAA